GUGUGUCAUGCUAUGAGAAUAACACAACGGGAGAAAGUGUGUUCUAGGUCAUACACUUAAGUAACACGUACAAUCGUUUAUUGAUAAAUGUACAGGCUAUGAAAAACCAACAGAAUAUAUACAAAUAACAUCAAAAACUAUUUACAAAUUAAGCUUGUCAUGCAUAUCUACACACAUUUGUCAACAGUUUUCAUCAGUAAUCUUUGACGAAUUCGGUAGCACAUCAUUUGUUUAUGAAAGAUUAUCGGAGUAAAAGUAGAGUUUUUCCGAAUCACUCUUUUAAAUGAAGUAAUUAUUGACCUACAGAUUGUCGCAAUGUUUGGUUCUACGUCUGAAGGUCGUGCCUGUGGCGGCUUGUAAAGGGUCGCGGAAACUUGUUUCACAACCCUGACGGAUACUUUGCCAUUCCUCCCACGUCCAGCCAUUUCAUUAUUCUACUCGUUUCUUUCCGUUUAUUCCUAAAUAAUGACACUAUUUCUGCUGAAAAAUUAUCCUCACAUCAUUCGCCAGGUGUGUUAGCUAAUGCAUAUUUUCUCGUUAAUUUCAUAUCUUCUGGCUUAUCGUUACUAUUAGAGACUCCUUCACUCUCUUGAUUUUAGUGGAGUUACUUCCCCGUUUUUUUAAAAAUAUACUUUGGAACAUCGAUCCCAAUCUCCGUACUCUGGGGACGCUUUAAUAGAAAAUUCUGAGGAAAUGACACAAAAACCCCGAAAUUUCCUCAGAUCUGAGUAUAUUCCCAAAAUAGGGUUUUUAGAUAAACAUAUUGGCCAGUGUAUUUUCUCUAAUUCAAAUGAUAACCAGUAAACAGUAUGAACUUCACUAGCAGUUGCUGUAUGAUCAGAAAAUAAACUAUUAAAUUCAAUAAACUGUUAUUCAAUUUUCAUGAGCACUUGGCAACGUUGGGUGUUCUUACUCACCUUAUCGGCUCUUCUGGCGUCAUUUCUCGCAAAUACAAUAUUUUUCUGUCUUUUUAACUUAUACAACCAAGAAAUUUACGUCAGAAAUAGCAUUAAGAAGGUGUCUGUUCAUGUUGAGAACGUUCUUCCUGAAAACCAAUGGUUAGACUUUUUGUAUAAGAAGACUCAUGUAAAGUUCUCACAUGAUAUAAGUAUUAAAGAGGCGUGCCGUAUGGAUAACUGUUUCGAUUACACACUGUGUCAAUCGGAAUUUAAGGUUUACGUAUAUCCUCUCUCGUCAAAACAAGCCAAUCUAUCUUUAACCUAUCAAAAAAUCCUCACCGCUUUGCAUAAUUCAAAACUUCUCACAUCAGACCCAUAUGAAGCUUGUAUAUUUAUUCCUAGCUUGGAUACUCUAGAUCGAGAUCGUUUAAGCCCACAUUUCGGUCAGUAUAUAGCUCAUGAACUCGUUAAUUUACCAUUUUGGAAUUCGUUGCCUAGACGAGAUCUUGAUCCUGAUUCACUCUCAACCACUACUCAAAAGCCAUCAGAAUAUGCUGGUCGUAAUCACUUAAUAUUUAAUUUACAUGCAGGCACUUGGCCAUAUUAUCACGAAGAUGAAUAUCGUUUAUGGCUUGGCCAAGCCAUGCUAGCUAAAGCCAGCUUUUCGACUAAAUAUUUUCGUCCAAAAUUUGAUAUUUCUUUACCACUUAUUCACUCUCAACAUCCUUUACAAUCGGGGUCAAGUCAGUUGGAUCAAUUAGUGAGCAGUGAACAUUUACGUGGUCGACUUGAUCUACCAUAUCUUUUAAGUUUUAAGGGUAAACGUUAUGUCAGUGGGAUCGGAUCAGCAUCACGUGAUAUACUUUCUCAUUUACACAACGGAAAAGAUAUAAUUAUGUUAACUACUUGUCGUCAUGGCACAGAUUGGACACGAUAUGCUGAUAAACGUUGUGCUACAGAUAUGGCUUUAUAUGAUGCAUAUGAUUAUUGGGAAUUAAUGUAUAAUUCCACGUUUUGUCUUGUUCCUCGUGGUCGACGAUUAGGUUCAUAUCGGUUCUUAGAAGUUUUGCAGGCUGGUUGUAUCCCAGUUAUGUUGAGCAAUGAUUUGGAACUUCCGUUUUCUGAAGUGAUUGAUUGGAAUCGAGCAGUUAUUUGGGCUGACGAACGAUUACCUUUAUUGCUUCCAUUAAAUCUACGACGUAUUACAUCGCAUCAGAUAAUUCAAUAUCGACAACAAGUAAUGUUUCUUUGGCAUACGUAUCUAUCUUCAAUCGAAUCAAUUGUUCUUACAACACUUGAGAUUAUACGAGAUAGAGUUUCGCUUCGUCGUCGGAGUUACGAAAUUUGGAAUACAUUACCUGGUGGUCUCAUAGUUUCGCAUGUAGAUUCUAUGGACAGUUGUGAUGUAGCAGUUCAACGAUAUCCGAUGCAUUGUCAAUCCGAAAUCAAGUCAGGUUUCACAAUGUUAAUUCCAAUACGUGCAGAACUUUGUACUGUUUAUUUGGAACGGUUAAAAUCUCUCGGUAAAAUUCUGUUCCAUUCCGAGUUUUUACGAAAGGUAAAAAAAGUUUAUUCCUCAAAUUAAGUAAUACUACCAUAUCGAGUUUUCACUUUCGUAUGUAUAUGUGCAAGAGAGAGAAAGUGAGUGUUUUUCUUUCCGAACACAAUAAAAUAAUCCAUAAGUUAACGCUUCGACUAGCGAUUAUAUUUAAAAAUCUGUUCCAGUUAUUUCCUCCUAAAAACAGUACAUCAUUAAAUAAAUAUCACUUACAAUUCAUCACACAAACUUUUAAGUACUGAAUUAUAUUAUUUAAAAUAAUGUCCUUUUAUCGAUUGCUCUGUAAAUUUACUGAGGCGGUUACCCACCAAAGACAAUGGAAGAUAGUCGCGCACUACCGUGGAUUGGUUGAAGUUAUACACUGCUAAGGAGUCCCGUACCAGGAUGAAACAGCCAUCCAGUGCUUCCGGGUUUUCAAUGAUGAUUUAACAUUGAUCAGUCGUGUGUGUGCUACUUAUAUUGACAUAAUCAUUAUAUGGUGUUAGUCGUGAACAGAAGGUCGGGCAGCAGAGAGACAAGAGGACCGAACAGUAAAGAAUGGAAACAGAAUGGAAUGUGUAUGAAAAUACAUGAACAAUGAAGUCUGGGCCACUUUCGGACAAUUGGUGGUCAUUUUGCAAAUUGAGCAUUUACUAUAUGGUUGUUAGAUUUUAUUAACAAGUUCUGUAAUUUUGUGUUAAAUACAUCUGAUUGUCCCCAUUGGUGUUCUUGUUCACUACAAUCUCAGUAAAUCCUCAACAAUCUUCACUAUCGUAUACUGAUUUUACUGAGUCUUAAAGACAAUAUAUAAAGUCAGAGUUUUAUGCUGAUUAUUUUUAAUCAUUGAGCUUCAAACAAAGUCCAUUAUGGUUCCGAGUUGCUUAAAUUAGCGGUCUCUUUACAACUUGAGUUAUAUAAUCUGAUAAGCUCUGGAAAUCAGGUAGUAUGACCCGUCUUGACCAAAUGUUUCACAAUGCAGAGAUGUUUGUCUAUUUCUAUGCUCUCAUUUGACCAUUUAAAUCCAUAUAUUUUUGUUGCCACUUAAGUAUGUAUUCAACCACUCCUGCUUGGAGGUAACAUUUUCUCCUCUCUAUGCAUGUGUUUCCACACAAAUAUGCAAAUUAAUAGACAACGGAAUUUACCCAAUCUUUUACAGGCUGUUUGGAUUUUCAACAAAAUGUAUACCUUGACUUUUCGAUAGUGAUGAAGAGAAACUUGAAUCUAUUUAGUUUAAGUUCGGAGCUACAAGUUUUCGUUUUGGAAAUUUGUAUUACUACUGCUACUGUUGUUCGAAAGAGGCUGACCAAUUAUUAUUAUUACUAUUAUUAUUAUUAAUUAUUUAACUGACAAGUAUUUGAGAAACAGAUAUGGAAAACUGAAAGCUUACUCCUUUUAGUAACUUGGUUAUUUACAAUGACAGGAAUUCAGUUAAUAUUAAAAUACAGUCUCAUUGAUAACUUGGACCACAAACUGAAAAAUGACGUCAUAUUCUAUAAACAAGAUGUCAUAUAAAUGAAGUGCUCUAUCUGUAGUAUAAAAAUUCAAUGAGAUAUUAUAUUUUCCAGUUUUCAACUGGUACAUAGCACACAAGAUGAUAGUAAACAAAUGUGUGUGUAACUAAGAUAGUUGGUUAGCGACAUUACCGAGAAAGGUAUUUAUGAGAUAGCACUCACAUGUUAUCAACUUGCUCGUAUGACAUAUCCAAUAAGAAUAAUUCUCAACUAAGUCCUGAUCGAAAACAGUGGAACUAUUCAUAAUCAUAUUAUAUGGUUAUUAGGAUUGAAUUUCAACUCAUUAUCUAUUUGGUUGAGUUCAUUAUUUUAUUCAUUGAGUUAUAGUUUGACUAUGUUCGAUUGUGUAUACAUGUGAAACUGAUAACUAAUUAUCUGUGUACAGAUGCUUUUUGUUAUCCCAUCCUCUUUUUAGAUAAUUCUGAUUUGGCAAUGCAAGAAUUUUCCACCAAAUAAUAAUGAAGUAAAAUCUUAUACUCCAGUCCCAGUUGAAAUCGUUCUCCCUGACGAACGCUUUACACUAAGAUAUUCUUCUAAUUCUAUAUCUCCAAGUGUUCGUUUUCAACCUUUUCACGAAAUUCCUACCUUGGCUGUGUUUGCAUAUUCAUUAAACUUGAACAUUACAGUUGAACAGGUAAUUCGAUGUAUAUAUGCCAAAAAUUGGUCGUUUAAAUUAAACAUUUGAAUACCAGACUCCAUGAUUAAAGUAUAAUAACUUGUGAUUAGGAAAAUAAAGGAAUCGCAUGCAUUAACUAUUAAUAACUACACGUCAAAAAGUAAAGUUAGUGGUGUCUCGAAAAAAGGGUUACACAACUUUCAAUUUUCUCAAUUCUUCUCGUCAUAAAACCUUCCCACCAAAAAAUGACCUACCGGAGUGUAUGUAUAAUAAGCCUGUGUUUUAUGCUAUUUUGGAAGUAUCCACAAACCUUUUAGCUUGGGAACCGACGAAUAAUCUAGCACAAAAAUCUAAGGCAGUAGAAGUAAAUUGUGUGUUAUUGUUUGUUAUCAGGAUAUCCGGGACCCUAAAACGACAUAGCAGCUAAAUAAUUUUCGCAAAUGUAGAAUGGGAGGUGAUGCGGUUCAUGGGAAUUAUCUUUGGUCAUUUAGAAUAUGAGUGAACAUAUACGAAGAUAUAACUACUAUGGAAUGGGCUAGUAAAAUCGACGUGUACGUGCGACUAGGGUUCAGCUGGAGAUGAUCAGAAAUGUGGUUCCACUUUUCGUAGAUUUGGAAACUUCAACACAUUUUCUGCCACAAUGAGUCCUCAUUUCUUUCUGUCUGGCUAUAUUUGCGUUCGACCUCAGUCCAAGUUCUGGAAUUAUAUGUAUUCGUUUUCUCCUAGCCAUCUAUAAGCUACAAUAUUGCUGUGUUGUGAUUUCACCAUUAAGUACAAAUCGACCUCUUAUUUUGGUCAUCUCAUUAUCACGUUUAAUGGGCAAUCACAAACUUGAGGAUGAAGGUAACGUUUGUGCUUCUAUGUAAGUUAAACAUGUGAGCAAGGUGUUGGUGAAUGCAGUACAAAUUUCAGUGACACCUCUUCAAGCUGUUGACUACACGUCAUGUUCCUAUUUUACAGUAACCAUCUAGAUUUAUUCGAUAUUGCUGACCCCCACAUAUUACAUCCCAUGAAUUAAAGCAUCAUCAACGACACCAUUCUCUGUCCAUUGUAAAUGACCGUUAUGUUCGCCGAUCCCGUAGUGGCUCCUAGUAAUCUACGUUCAACCUUCCUACGACAGCUUCACUCAACCGACCCAGGGAUUGGAAGAAUGAAAUCUGUCACUGGAAGCUAUGUAUACUGACCGUACAUUGAUAAGUAAAUCAAGGAACAGGUAGCUGGUGUGCACAUUAAUCUUCUGUCUAAAUUCAUGGUUGAGAUAUGUAUUAUGGUUGCUCAGCCACGCCUACCUGGACAUACUGUCCUAGAUGUCAGAGGCAUAGGAUAGAAGAAAAUUAGGAGCGACCAAACCAAGACGUGCUAUUAGAUUGUAAAAAGGUUAACUGCUGUACCGGUUCGUGUUGAUAAAUGUAAACUUCGUGGUCCAGAUCCGCUGGAUAAUUGCGGCCAAUAGUUAAAAACGCUGAGUGGCAUAUCUUAAAAUCGUUUGUAAUGGGACAGAUCCAUUCAUCCUUGAUCUCUACCUAAAUGCUGGAUUCCCGUGUUUUAUUCCCUUCUUUGUCUCAUCUUAUUAUCAUUACUACUACCUUAAUUCCGAGUCAUUUGAUGCUUCUCUUACUAAAGAAUCUCGUCUUUCUUUACCAAUGUGCUGUAACAACUUCAGCCGGUGCACACUUGUUCCAGGUCCUGGGUUGGUUAUGGCUGACUGAUUGUGAGUUAAUUAUAGUUUACUCAUUGUACGAACACAUUUCCUAAGAUAAUCCCAGUAAGAUAGUAAUAUACCUACACUUAUUAAAAAGGUAUUGAACUAAAUAUAUAAGCAGUAAAAUUGCUUUCUUAAAUUUAUUUGGAGAUCAAUUGAAAUUCUCUCAUAGGAACCUCAGAGUACAAAUGGCAUGGAUUAACGUUUAUUUUGAUUUUAAUACAGAAAUCAAACGCUCCACCUCAAAAUUGGCACUAUGUAACUAGAGAUUUUAUUAAUGUAAAAAAAUGAGAAGCUUAAACUGUAACGUUUCUUAUUAGAAACUUUAAUGAACCUACAUCAGUAAUCCAGAAUAGUUCUGAAUGUGCUGAUCAGCAGAAAAACUAAACAGCUAACUCAACUUAAGUAAUACAACUGAAGAAAGAACUAUUGGUACUUAUCUCCAUAAGAUUUCAAACAGUUGAGUUCUGUUAAUAUAUCAUUACAGAGUUAAAAUGGUCACUCGCUUAAAGCAAUCCAGGUGUAAAACUUGAUUAUGAUAAAGGGACAUGUUAUAAAAUACAAAUAAAAAGAUAAAUUAACAUCGAAACAAAAAUUUUCACUUAAAAUCUGUAUUAUGUACUCAUUCAUGUUGAUUAAUCGGUGUUUAGAUCGUAUAUUCAACAUUUUUAUUAUCGAUAGUUUUUUACACAUUUGUUAGAAAAUAACAAAACAAAUAAUCCCACAGUGAUAAAAUUAGACUGAUUUUAUAUAUUGGAACACAAAUUAUAAUGAAAUCCAAAGACGUUUUGACGGAUUCCUAAAAAACAGUUUUGAGUGUAGUUAAAGUGCUUCGUUUUUUAUACGUUGGACUAAAAGUCGAUUAAGCUAUGAAUUAAUACUCACUCUACACUAUUGUUUAGUUAAAUUUCGCAUAUCUAACUUGGCAAGAAUUUCCUAAUCGUUUAGUUGGAUUUCAAGCUCGUUCACAUUAUUGGAAUACUACAGAUAACCUAUGGAAAUAUGAUGAUAAUCCAUCGAUGAAGCAUUUUUCAAUAGUUUUACUAAAUGGGGCAUUUUAUCAUCGUUAUUAUCAUCAUCUGUAUCAAACAUUGUUGGAUCGUAAACUUCAUGAGAUUGUCAAUGUAUUUAAUAACUGUGAAGAUAUCCUUUUUAAUUGUCUUAUAAGUCAUGUGACUAGUUUACCACCAAUUAAAUUAUUUAGUACAAAUCAUACAGAACAAAAACUAUUGUCAACGUAUGGAAUCUUAAAUUUAACUGAAUUAAAUACUUACCGCGAACAGCGAAGUUUAUGCAUACAAGCUUUUUCACAACAUUUUAUAAAAGUCCCAUAUACUGGAAAACAUUCUAAUCAUAACAUUAAUAAUCAGUAUACUAGUGGAAGAGAUACACCCGAAUUAUAUUUACCACUUUACGAGAAUUCGUAUAGGUAAGAGAAAAAUGAUUUUCUUUUUCAAAGUUUGUAACUUUUUUGUCCA